AUGGUGGCGGCGGCGUGGGGACGUCCCUGCGCGGGAGAUUUUUCACACUCCGGGCCGGCCACGCGUUCCCACGCGCCCCGCCGCCCGCACUCUCCCCCUCCUCCGGGUUCACCCGCCCGCCCUCUGCCGAGCCUCCAUCUCGGCCCGGCCUCCGCGCCUCUGUCCCGUUCUCCCCUCCACCCCACCCCCCAGCCUCUGCCUCGUCGGUCCCCCCCUCUGAGGCCCGGGCUCCGGGGCUCAGCCGCGGCUUCAGCCCAGUGGCGCGGAUCCCACCAGGCGGAUCGGCCGGGUGGCAGGAUCGCAGCGGGCGCCGGAGACGUCCCAGCCGAGGCGAACCCUCCCCGGACAGCGCCGGAGCCCGGGGACCCGCUCUCCCGCCCCCCUGCAGCCUCCCCGACCUGCCUCCAACUUAGCAGCGCCCCCGAACUGCCACCCCCCUACCCACCCGAGUUGCUGAAGUUUGCAAGCACUCCGCAGCCCCAGCCGGCGAGGGCAGAGGCGCCGGGAGCUCCCCAACUCACCUCCCGGCCGCGCGCGCAGGUGCCGGCUUCCCUGCGGCCCUGGGCUCCGGGGCGGGUGCGGAGACCACGGCGACCGAGCCGCGCGCCGGCGGCCCGUCUAGGGAUGGGGCGGCCGAAAGGGGGAAGGAUGCCGGCUGGGAGCCCGGUGUCCGAUCGCAGCCCCCGACCCCGCGCUCCCGGCUGCUCCGACAGCCGCUGGCUGCGCCGCGGACCCGCCGGGCUCGGCGGAGCUGGGCUCCGGCACCAACCCCCGCGCUCCAACUAG